AUGACAUCGCCCGGCAAUCAUCAUGAUGAACUCCCCAACCACAACGAAGCUACUCCUCUCGUUGGCAUGGAUAUUCGCAUGUUCUCGGAUGCAGGUUUCGAUAUGGACCGCGUGUCCCUGAAGCGCAACAUGUCAGUGGCUGAGCUGUACGAAGAGGCUAUCCGUAAGGAAGGUGCCGUGAUCUCGUCCAGCGGUGCCCUGAUCAACUUCUCCGGCAAAAAGACGGGCCGCAGUCCCAAGGACAAGCGUAUCGUGUACGAGGAGACCUCGAAGGACCACAUUUGGUGGGGUCCCGUGAACAUCAAGCUUGAUGAGCACACGUUCGAGAUCAACCGCGAGCGCGCCAUCGACUACCUGAACACGCGUGAGGACAUUUACGUCCGCGUUAUUUGCGCUCGUGCCUACCACGCCCUGUUCAUGCACAACAUGUUGAUCCGCCCCACACGUGAGGAGCUGGAGCACUUUGGUGAGCCCGACUUUAUCAUCUACAAUGCUGGCCAGUUCCCUGCCAACCGUUUCACUACGGGUAUGACUUCGUCGACGUCGGUGGAGAUCAACUUCAAGCGUCGCGAGAUGGUCAUCCUGGGUACCGAGUACGCGGGUGAGAUGAAGAAGGGUAUCUUCUCGGUUAUGCACUACCUGAUGCCUGUCAAGUACGGCCAGCUGUCGCUGCACUCGUCGGCGAACCAGGGUGAGAAAGGCGAUGUGUCGGUGUUCUUCGGUCUCUCGGGUACCGGCAAGACAACUCUAUCAGCGGACCCCUCACGUAUGCUGAUUGGCGAUGACGAGCACGUGUGGUCGGACCACGGUGUGUUCAACAUCGAGGGUGGCUGCUACGCCAAGUGCAUUGGCCUGAACGCCGAGAAGGAGCCGGAGAUUUUCGAAGCCAUUCGCUUUGGUUCCAUCCUCGAGAACGUGACCUAUGACAAGGACACGCGUGAACCCGACUACGACGACGCGUCCAUUACGGAGAACACGCGCUGCGCCUACCCGAUCCACUAUAUCCCUCACGCCAAGAUUCCGUGCAUUGCGGACGCACAGCCGUCGAACGUGAUUAUGCUCACCUGCGAUGCGUUCGGUGUGCUACCGCCCGUGUCGAAGCUCACGUCGGAGCAGGCGCAGUACCACUUUAUUGCCGGCUACACAUCCAAGACUCCCGGCACGGAAGAUGGUGUGGUGGAGCCAUCGCCGACGUUCUCGACGUGCUACGGCCAGCCCUUCAUUGUGCUGCCUCCCCAGCGCUACGCGACGAUGCUGGCUGAGCGCAUGAGCCAUGUCAAGUGCAACGCGUGGCUGGUGAACACGGGCUGGACCGGCGGCAAGUUCGGUGUGGGUCGCCGCUGCCCGCUUAAGUACACGCGUGCAAUUUUGGACGCGAUCCACGACGGCUCGCUGGCUAACGCUGAGUUCGAGGUCUUUGCACCGGGUGUGUUUGACCUGCAGGUGCCGAAGGCCGUGAACCAAGUGCCGACAGAGCUUCUCGACCCCUCGAAGGCCUGGUCUGACAAGGCGGCGUUUGAGGCGGAGUUGAAGAAGCUCGCGGGUAUGUUCUCGGACGCCUUUGUCAAGUAUGAGAAGGAGGUGAAGCCGGAGGUGCUCCGGGCUGGCCCCAGCACCAAGCGUGCAUGA